AUGAUUUUAUCUACGAGUGCUGUUUCAUUUGUUUUUAGCCUAAAUGAUUUUUUGUAAACCGUAUAUAAGGUGUUCCUUUAAAAUUGACCAUUAGGUUACCUUAAUCAGGCGAUAUUUAAUGGACUGCGAGUCUGUUUCUAUAUAGAACACCCCUGUCGUUGCUGGGAACUACUCCUGGCACUUCCUUGUUCAAAAGUUUUAUUUAGGGGAAGGCUUGGGGGGGAAAGUUGGUCACCGGAUUGGUUAUUCCUUCGACGCUGCUGUCAGACAUUAAAGGCAUGGAUCAAAGCUUUUUGGCGUAACUACUGUGGCUGUCCCAGCUUUUCUCAUGGCUCCAGUUGUUAGAGGGUGGCUAACGUUGCACUGAAAGAAAGAGGAAGAUGUCCAUGGCUAACAUUAGCGAAGACAUCAGGGUGAAGUUUCCCCUACAUUCCGCAGUGUGGGAGAAUGACUACAGGAAGCUGGAGCAGCUAUUAACAUCAACGCAGAAUGACAUCGAGGCUGUGGAUCCCAGAGGCCGAACACCUCUGCACCUGGCUGUAUCACUCGGGCACCUGGAGUCAGUGAGAAUCCUGCUGAGACACGGCGGUCAAGUGACUAAAGAAAAUGCCAAUAAUUGGACAGUGCUGCAGGAAGCAGUCAGCACAGGAGAUCCAGAGAUGGUUCAGUUAGUGCUUCAACGCAGAGACUACCUCAAAGCCUCCACUGCCCUGGGAGGAGUGCCUGAGCUGCUGUCAAAGAUCCGAGUGUCUCCAGACUUCUAUAUGGAGAUGAAAUGGGAAUUCACCAGUUGGAUUCCUCUCGUGUCCCGGGUUUGUCCGAGUGAUGUUUGCCGCAUCUGGAAAAGCGGCGCCUCGCUGCGAGUGGAUGUUACUCUUCUAGGCUUUGAGAACAUGACCUGGAUCAGAGGGCGUAGAAGCUACAUCUUCAGAGGAGAUGAUUCAUUUGCAGAGCUGAUGGAGGUGAACCAUGAUGAUGAAGUCGUGGACAUCGAACGCUUCAACAUAUCCCAAGAAAUGGAGGAUGUGACGUUAGAGUCAAUGCAGCCAGCUGAGCAGGAAGUUGCAAAAAGGUUGACGACUCCUAUUGUCAACACCUACUUGGACACAAAGGAUAUUGCUUUUGAGAGGACUAAGUCUGGCAUUUGGGGCUGGAGAGCUGAUAAAACUGAAGUAGUCAAUGGAUUUGAAGCGAAGGUUUUCAGUGUGAACAAUGUAAAUGUGGUAAUCAGGACACGGACAGAGCAUCUUACAGAUGAGGAGAAAGCCAGGAUAAAAAGUGAAAGAAACAUCCUGGAGUCUCUGCUGGGGACUGUGGAGCAGCACAUAAAUGCGCAAGGAGACCUGACUCUCGAAUAUGCAACUGCCAACAAUCCCACUGCGAUCACUCCAGAGGAAUACUUUGAUCCCGACUUUGACCUUGUGAAACGAGACAUCGGCCGUCCUAUUGAACUGAGCAUUCGAACACAGAAAUUCAAAGGAACAUUGUGGAUGAGUGAGGACCAUCCCCUCUCCCUGGUGGAGCAGGUAACCCCCAUUAUCGACCUCAUGGCUCGCACGAGUUCCCAUUUUGCAAGACUACGAGACUUUGUAACCCUGAAAUUCCCUCCUGGAUUUCCUGUUAAAAUAGAGAUUCCCCUGUUUCAUGUGCUUAAUGCCAAGAUUACCUUUGGUAGUGUAAAUAAAUGCAGCACUGAGGAGGAAGCGAACACAUCAGCAGCAGCCACACCAACAUCCACAGGAGACGAUGAAGCAGCAGCACCACCUCCUUUCCAGGUGUGUCCCUCGGUGUUUGAGGUACCUGCGAGUUAUCACCGUCGCGGGGGAAGCCGCCACAUGCCUGUGUCCAAUAACGAUGAGGAGCUCUUACAGUACGCCAUCCAUCAGAGUCUCCUGGAGUCUCGUCAAGGCACUGGCCAGGAGGGGCUCUGGGAUCAUGUUGAUGGGGACUUCGCUGAUGUAAUGCCGAUUAACCAGAGUGACAGGAGUAUCCCAGAGGGGGUGCUGGUGGAUUAUAGAGACACCUCCAGCCCUCCCAGCUCUGCCUCUGCCUCUAGCCCUGAUUCAGACCUGCGUCUAGCAAUGGAGCUUUCUGCAAGAGCUCAAGAGGAAGAAGAGAGAAUGAGGAAACAAGAGGAAGAGGAGCUGGAGAGGAUAUUGCAGCUUUCGCUCACAGAGAAAUAAAGGGAAUAAGAGGGAAAUAUAAAUAUUAAUAAUAAUUAUAAUAAUACAAAUUCUGCUGAUCCAGAAAGCAACCACCACACCUCAGUUUUCCUUCCUAACCACUCUCAUCAACUAUGCAACUGCAGAUCUCUUUCUACAACAGAUAAUUCUUACACAGCCAAAAUCAAACUGUCUGUAUCCAAUAUUUUUCAAAAGGUAUUUUGGUAAGAGUAUACUCUUUUUUUUGUAUAUUUCUAUCUCAGUAUAGUGUCUCCAUCGUCACGCUUCUUUCCUGGACUGUUUGAGAUCAUUCUGGAUGGGUUCUACUUUUUAUUUAUUCAGUUUCUUUGUUUCAGUUCAGACUCACAGCGGCAACUUGCAGGUAUUUCUGUCACUGUUGUCUCGGGUGAGGGUUGAGUCAGUGUAACGUGGUUCUGUGAACAAAAAAAGUUUGACUGACUGCUCAAAGGUGACUUCAUAUAGUGUCGGCACACAAAUGUGAUAUUCGCGGCCCCGGCAAACAAACACAGCAGUGCUGUCAUUGUAAAGUCUCCCUACAUAGUCACUUGGUUGAGGAUAUUGGACUCACUGAAAAGCAGAAAACUCAGGGUUUGCAGUUUUGUUUUGUUUUUGUUCCUUUGCUUUGGAAUAACUUUGUUAAUCAGCUGUAAAACUGACAGAAGUUAGCCAGGUAAAUGAUUUUAAUAUGGUACCACUCUAGCAUAUCGUUCUAUUAGAACACUAUGCCAGUGUUAAGUUGGAAAGGUUUGUUGGGUUGAUUCAGAUGUUCAUAUGUAAAUGUGUCUUCUUGUACUUUGUGAAUGUACUCUCUACAGAUGGAGUAGAGCAUGUUGCUUUGAAAGAAAUUUGAAAUUAGCCGCAUGGUGUAGUAUCUCUUUGCAAAAAGGAUAAAGGGGGGUGGUUGGCUUUCCUUUCCUGUCUUGAGCUUCUGGUGAAAAUUGACUUCUCUCUUCUUUUUUUUUUCUUUUUUUUUUUUUUGUAAAUUCUCACUGAGCAACUUCACCUCAAUUCAGAAAUGCAAUAGCAAAGACCAGUCUGUCUGUGGAUUUAUAAUAGUCAUGCAGCUGGGAAGCAGUAGUUCCAAAGGGCAGUCUACAUUUUGUAUCCAUGAACAACUCAACACCUCUGUGCGGAAGAAGGAAAGCAGCACAGACCCUGAGGUCAAGCAUGAGCGCCAUACGUUGGGGUUUGAUUUUUUUUUUUUUUUCCUUUUCUUUUCUUCAGCAUGUGCCAAGGAUUGCUUCGCUCUGAUAACACGUGGUGGAGCUGAAGCGUGGCAAAAUUUAUAUGCAGUGCAACUCGGACUAAACUGUUUAAAUGAGUUUCUUUAAAAUUUUGUAGUUUGAAAAACAAGGUGUCUCAGCUGUGUGAUGCCGAGUAACACUCAUUAACCACUGUCGAUGAUUUUUACUGACAACCAACCACUUUAUCAGAGGUCUGUGCGACUGACUGCAUCAGAAGCUUCAGCUGAACAGCUACUAACUGUAAAGAUCAAGUUGCCAAACUGCUGAAAAGUCAAAUUUGAAAAUGGUAGCUUUAGUUAAUUUAAUGAAAAUCUUUGCAGUGCGCCAUUUGAGCUGUAAGGUUUUUUAUAAUAUGUUGAAAGUUUCAGAGAAUGUGUCAGUUUUCAAAAUGUUGUGAAAUAAAAGCACUUUAUUUCCAUUA